UCAUUAUCUAAAGUCAAGUUUUUUGAAACACUGCUUCUUGAAGGUUCCUUAUCAACUCGAAGGACUUGAUAAGCAAUUUCUGCUUCCCUUGCAGAUGGGAAAGUUUACAGUAUUUUCUCGUGUCCGGCUGAUUGUCGACACACCACACACAACAAACACAAAUAGUACCAAAGCUUGGUACAGGCCACUAUAUGUUGAAUGCAAAUUUUUUAAUCAAAAUACACGUAAUUUCGUAUACUUGAAGCGUAAUGGGACGAAGGAAAAGUAAACGAAAGCCUCCAAGUAAAAAAAAAGCUAUUCAACCUUUAGAUACACAAUUCAAUUGCCCGUUUUGUAAUCACGAAAAAUCAUGUGAGGUUAAAAUGGAUAAGUCAAGAAAUACGGCAAGAAUUACUUGUAGAGUCUGUUUGGAAGAUUUUCAAACUACAAUAAACUUGCUUUCUGAACCUCUUGAUGUGUACAAUGAUUGGAUUGAUGCAUGUGAAAGUGCAAAUUGAAGUUUUGUUACUCCUGCAUAUCAAAGUGCUGACAGACUUUUCUUUUCUUUUACUGAUAUGUCAGUAUGUUGCAAUGUGAAUCAACAUCAA